ACAGUAUGAUUUGAAACAGUCAACAUGGACUUUUCACGUCUACACACGUACACUCCUCCCCAAUGUCUGCCAGAGAACACUGGCUAUACAUAUGCACUCAGUUCAAGUUAUUCUUCAUCUGCUUUGGAUUUUGAGACUGAAAACAAAAUAGAUCCAGUAUUUGAUUCACCAAGAAUGUCACGGCGUAGUUUACGGUUAGCUGCUGCAGGAUUUAAUAAAUCAGAUGAUGCACGAAGUGAUACCCUUCAUGACAGCUCUUAUGCUGGAAACAUGUCCUUCAGAGAACAGUCUUCUAAGAUGGUGAAGCAACGCAAAAGUAUGAAUAAACAAUCUGGCAGUGUAAGACAGACACCAAGGAAAAAUCUAGCCAGCUCUUCCAUUUUUAGCCAAAGCAGUUUCAAUAGCCAUGCCAGUGAUGCAUCAAUGGUAUCCACUGUAUUGGAUGAAUCUUUGAUUCGAGAGCAGACAGAAGUUGAUCAUUUCUGGGGUCUGGAUGAUGAAGGUGACCCUAAAGGUAGUGAUACAACACUGAUGCAGGGAAAUGGUGAUAUACCAACAGCAGAAACGCAGACCACAAUGAUCAAUGGCUACACUUGCAGUGACUGCAGCAUGCUUUCUGAACGGAAGGAGGUUCUUACAGCAUACUCAGCUUCUCACAUGCCAUCUUCCAGAAUUUACUCUAGGGAUAGGAGCCAGAAACACGCAUCUAGAGGAACCUAUUUCUACAUGAGUAAGAUUCUGCGAUUGGUCAAACAUGCUGCAGCAUCUUUUGCAUCACUAUUAGUGCAACUAUUUCAAAUGGUUUUGCUGAAGCUGGGUUAUGAAUUUAAAGCUCACUCAGACUACUGUGGAAGCAUGAAUGUAAAGGAGUUUUACAGAGAAGAUAGCAGUCUUGGUGUAAAUGAGGAAUCAAUAUGUGAUGACUGUAAGGGGAAGAAACAUCUUGAAAUAUACACCACAGACCACAUGCAAUCCUCAUGGGCUCACAGGGUAGCAAGGACCAUUUGGCACACCUUUUCUUAUGCAGGUUACUUUAUGCUUCACAUGUUGCGAACAGUGGGAGCAACGGGAUGGCUUGUGUCUCAGAAGGUGGUGUCCCUACUUUGGCUGGCCAUUCUUUCUCCAGGGAGGGCAGCUUCUGGCAUGUUCAGGUUGCUUAGAACUGGGUGGUAUCAACUUGUUACUCUGAUGUCUUUGCUCAAGGUGUUUCUUCUUAGAAGAUGCCUUCCAAAGAUCUACAAGCUAUUACUGUUUCUUAUCCCACUCCUGUUUCUACUAGGUAUAUGGUUCUGGGGGUUUGAUGGCUUCAUUUCAUUAUUACCUUCAUUGAACUGGACAAGAAUUGAUAGACUACAGAGAACAGAUGACUCUAUACGUGUUCCUAAACCACAGGCUGAUUCUUUUCACUCUGUGCAACCUCCAAAGGAUACCGUAAAUAUCUUUGAUUCUGGUCGUAUAAGUGAGCUGGAGAAGCAAAUGGCCUUCGUGUCUGAUAGAUGCCAUCACCAUGAUGAAGAAUAUAGUAAAGUGAUGCAUCUGCUCCAUAAUCUUCAAGAUCAGGUUGCCCAGAUGAGCGACAAAAGUGAAACAUUGAAGCUAAUAAAAAAUGUGAUGGGUCAACAUCUUGAAAAUAUGAAACUGGAGGAAAAGACUGACUUCCUGGCUUUACAUCAAGAACAUGAGUUACGCAUCCUGACACUGGAAGACCUUCUUGGAAAACUCUCUGCUGAAUCCAAGGACAUCCAGAAGGAGCUUGACAUAGCCAAAGCAAAAACAGUGAGAGAUGAUGAUGAACAUAGUCAACUUUUGUCCAAAGUUAAAAAGCUAGAACUAGAGUUGUCCCGGAUGAAAUCGGAGUUGUUAACUGGGGAAAGUCUGAAGACAAGUUGUGACAAAAUAGAUGUCAUUCAUGAAAAAGUAGAUGCCCAGGUCAGAGAAUCUGUCAAGCUAAUGCUUUUUGGUGAUCAACAAGAAGACUUUCCCGAAUCGCUUCUCCAAUGGCUUACGUCCAAUUUUGUGAGCAAAAGUGAUCUGCAGACUUUGUUGCGGGAUCUAGAGUUGCAGAUCCUCAAGAAUAUUACUCUUCAUAUGUCUGCUACAAACCAAAAAGUAACAUCUGAGGUUGUAACAAAUGCUGUGACUAACGCAGGGAUUUCGGGAAUUACAGAAGCGCAAGCACAGAUUAUCGUAAAUAAUGCGCUGAAACUCUAUGCUCAAGACAAGACUGGGAUGGUGGAUUUUGCCUUGGAAUCUGGAGGUGGCAGUAUUCUGAGUACUCGCUGUUCUGAAACAUAUGAGACCAAAACAGCAUUGAUUAGCCUCUUUGGAAUUCCGCUGUGGUACUUCUCUCAGUCUCCCAGAGUGGUGAUUCAGCCGGACAUGUAUCCAGGAAACUGCUGGGCUUUCAAGGGAUCACAGGGAUAUCUCGUAGUUCGGCUUUCAAUGAAGAUUUAUCCAACUGCUUUUACAGUGGAACAUAUACCGAAAACACUUUCACCAACAGGAAAUAUCACCAGUGCUCCUAGGAACUUUUCAGUAUAUGGUCUAGAUGAUGAAUAUCAAGAAGGCGGCAAGCUUCUAGGACAGUAUGUCUAUGAUCAAGGAGGAGAACCACUGCAGAUGUUUCCAGUGAUGGAGAAAAGUGAAAACGCAUUCCAAAUAGUGGAACUGAGAAUUUUUUCUAACUGGGGACAUGCAGAAUAUACAUGCCUUUAUCGGUUCAGAGUGCAUGGGAAACCUGCCGAAUAAUCUACACUACAGCUUGCGUUGGUUUUGUUGUUGUACAUUUUGUUCUCAAUUUGUAUAUACCGGAAAGCCUAGAACACUGGAAUCUUUAAAGGACGAGGAUGCAAGAUAUAUACUGCAGAACUAUUGAUCCUCUGAUAAAGGCAGAAGACUGUCAGCAGAACUGUAUAAAAAAUAACUUUUAUUUGCUCUAAUGCUCAGCUUCUAAUUGCCAAUUAGCUUUAUAUUUUUGUGUCCAUGCUGAGAGGAAAUAAUGCAUGCAAGCUACUCUGGUUCAUAAAGCCCAGUUGGCAAACAGGUGAUACCUAUUUUAUUACAGAUGAAUGUAUAGGGUUUUUUAAAAGAAUAAACCACACUUUCUGCAA